AUUGCAAUUUUUGCAUCAUACUCAAUUUUUACGAAGAAAAUUCUCCAAAUUAGUGGAUUCAGGAAAUAGUCACCAUGGAUUCAUCCGGUGGCCAGCUGGAGGAUUGCUUCACCUGUCUCCGCCGGACGGAUAACUUUCUGUGUAUUGCCGAACGGGACAAUGUUAGUGGCGAAGAUGUAGCAGCCGUGUUUGCGAAGCACUUCUGGUUUACCAGAGCCGAGUACUGGAACAAAUCGGUGUGCACCAGUUGCUGGGAAAAGAUAGACGAGUUCCAUAAGUUUUACUGCACUGUGGAGAAGGUCCACCAUGGAUCAGCGAUGGUGGCGGCAAUCAAAACAGAAACGAUAGAAUGCGGGGCCGAGCAGGAAUCGAUGGUUUUUGGAGUGGAGGAUGAUUCGAUGGAUGAUCCGGAUAGGGGCCAGAUUUUUGUGGAAGCGGUUUGUAAGGUAGAGGUGAAGCAGGAAGAUACUGAGGGGGAGAGGUCAUCCGUGGGGAAAGAGAUUGAAACCAGUUCGGAUGAGGAGGAAGAACCUGGUGCAAGGAACGAAGAUUUUCUCGACGAGAGCGCAGAGGCAUCCGAUUCGGAUGUUCCUCUGGCGAAGCGUCUGGCUGCGAUAAAAAGGAAGCGAGCCGUUAGCAAACGAACCAAAAAGACAAAGCUCAGGAAGGAGAAGGCAGAUAAUAAGGAAAUGAAUGAAUUUAUUCGGCAGGAGAUGGACAUUACCUGCCACAAGUGUGCCGAAAUGGGUAUAGAGAACGAUGAAGUUUUUGAAUCGUUCUAUCGAUUGAGAGUACAUUUCAAGAAGGUUCACGACACGUACGGGUAUGUGUACUGUUGCAAUCGAAAGUGGACUACCAAGACCGCAUUGGUGGAACAUCUGAGGAAUCACGAACCAACGAAGAGCGAUCGGAGCCGUUGCGUGGAGUGCAAUUGCAUUUUCAAGGACAAAAGCAGUUACGCGAAUCACAUGUUUCUGGUACAUACGCCUGAGGACCAGAAGCAAUUCAAGUGCGAUCAGUGUGCGAAGGCUUUCGCGGCGGAAGAUCUCCUGAACAGUCACAUCAAAUGGCACGAGGAAGUCGAGAAGAAGAACCACCACUGCACGAUUUGUAACAAGUACUUCCUAAGUGUGAGGAAUUUGGAGAAUCACAAUUUGAGUCAUCAUCAGUUUGGGGAAAGUUCCAACCAGGACAUGGCCAUGGGAGACAUGGCUUCAGAGCUUCAACCGGAAGCGGCGAAACUCAAACGAACGGCGGAGGACUUAGCCAAAGAGGACGAUUUGAUUAAGAAGUUCGUCGCCCUAAACUGCUCCAAAUGUGACUUUGUUGGUGAGACCUACAACAAAUUGUCCUAUCACGCCCUGAAGGUCCACAACAUGAGUACGCAUGCGGUGAUUUGCUGCGAUAAGAAGUUUGGAAAACGGCAACGACUGUACGAACACUGCCUAAGGCAUCUGAAUCCAGACCACUUCAAGUGCGAUAUCUGCGGUAAAACCUACGCGGACAGUUCCGGUUUGCAGAUUCACAAAUGGUGGAUACACACUCCGAUUUCGGAACGGCCGUUCAAAUGUGACAUCUGCGGGGCUGCCUUCGUUAAAGAUUACCUCCUGAAACAGCACACCAAUUGGCACGUUAACAAGGAGCGAAAGACACACUUCUGCGAGAUUUGCAACAAGGCUUACUCGAAUUCGAUGCAGCUGAAGGCUCACCAACAGAAGAAGCAUGAUGCCGUGUGCGACUGGGUUUGCGACAUUUGCGCCAAAGGGUUCACUCACCGGGCACUGCUCGAGGAACACCGGCUGACGCACACCGAGGAGGGGCUGGCCAGUUUGAAGAUGCAGUGCGAAAAGUGCCAGCGAUGGCUGAUCAACAAGAAGAGCUACCUGCGCCAUCGACGGCGCUGCUACGACACGACUGGCCCGGUCAAGUGCGACAUCUGCGGCAAGGAGUCGGUCAACGAGGCGGCACUGAUGGGCCACAAGAACUUCCACCACUCCAAUCGGCCGAUGUACACGUGUACCUUCUGUGGAAAGGUGUGCAAGACGCAGCUGCGGAUGAAAGAGCACGAAGCAACACACACGGGAGUGGUGCUGUACCAGUGUCCGUUUUGUCCGAGGACGUCCAACUCUAGCUCCAAUAUGUACACCCACAAGAAGACGGCUCACCCGGAGAAGUGGGCCGAAGAAGUUUCCGCAAGAUUCUAUACUAGGUAAAUAGUCAGCUGGAGAUGACUUAUGAAUGAUUCUGCAUCA